GUCCCGUGGAUUACAAUAAUCCAGAUCCCCCCAUCGCCGUGAGCUGUGGCACCGUUUGGGCUCCAGCGCCAGAGAAGAUGGAGGUCAGCGCUCGGCACAUCCUGUUGUCCCUUCUGCUCCUGGCUGAAGCCCUGACUGGUGCUCUCACACAAGGGGAAGAGGAAGAAGCUCGCGGAACGUGGCAAAGCAAAGCCUGCAAUUGUGACUGCCCGUGGACGCCCACCAUGGCCGUCCCCACUGACACCGUGCUGGCCCCUCCCCCACCCAGAAGCAGCUUAAUGGACUGUAUGCCAGAGUGCCCAUACCACAAGCCGCUGGGCUUCGAGGCGGGCUCCGUGGCUGCUGACCAGAUCAGCUGUGCCAACGAGGACCAGUAUACUGGGUGGUUCUCUUCCUGGGUGCCAAGCAAAGCACGGCUAAACAACCAGGGCUUUGGGUGUGCCUGGCUCUCUAAGUACCAAGACAGUAGCCAAUGGUUGCAGAUCGACCUGAAGGAGGUGCAUGUGGUAUCAGGGAUUCUGACUCAGGGCCGCUGUGACGCAGAUGAGUGGAUGACCAAGUACAACGUUCAGUAUCGCUCUGACGAGAAACUCAACUGGAUCUACUACAAGGACCAAACUGGCAACAACAGGGUGUUCUAUGGGAACUCGGAUCGGUCCUCGUCUGUGCAGAACCUGAUGCGACCGCCUAUCGUGGCACGCUACAUCCGCGUGCUGCCGCUGGGCUGGCACACACGCAUUGCUGUGCGCAUGGAGCUGCUGCUCUGCAUGCACAAAUGCACCUGAAGCCACGCCCCCAUCAUUUCACCACUCCCAUCUUCAGCUAAAGCCCCGCCCCCACCCUUUCACCACUCCCGUCAUCCUCAGCUGAAGCCCCGCCCCCAGCAUAUUACCACUCCCAUCAUCCUCAGCUGAAGCCCCGCCCCCAGCAUAUUACCACUCCCAUCAUCCUCAGCUGAAGCCCCUCCCUCAGCAUUUCACCACUCUUAUCAUCCUCAGCUGAGCUGCAGCCUCUCACACUUGCCAAAGUAGAACAUGCAGCCACCUAAAGUAAUAAUAAUAAAUAAUUCUUUAUUUUUAUGGCACUUUUCAUGCAUGAAUUGCAGCUCAAAGUAUUUCACAUAUGGGACUAAAAUGAGAAACAGUGUUGGAGAAGCUGUAUGAAAUAUGCAACUAAGGUACAGCUCAAUGCAAAUCUAAAAAUAAAUAAACAAAUCAGUUUAGUAGAAUGUGAAAAAAUAAGCAAAGCAAAUAGCAAUACAAUAAACAGAAUAAAAAUAAAAAAAUAAAAAGUCAAAAUAUACCAAAUUGCAUAUAAUAAAAACAGGAAAUAAUUAAAGAGAGCUAAAUUAGAAUCACCAGCAACAAAAAUGUGUAGUAUAGCCUCUGUAACUGCACCCUCAUGCCCCUCCAGAGGGGACAUACAUUUAUAUAGUCCCUAAGACACAUAAUGGAGUUGAAUGAACUUUUAUUGAAUGAACUUUCCCAUUUAUCCUCAUUUCCUGGCUUUUCCGCUUUGGCAAGGAUGGGGCUGCUGAACAGUCGGAUUCAUGUGGUGAAAAGUAGGACAAGCCAAGAUGACAACUACAGAUGUUUAUGUUGAGAGUCUGUCGUCCCUGUUCCUGAAUUCUGCUGUGCGUCGUAGCUGUGAUGUGGUGUGUUGAGAGUCUGUCGUCCCUGUUCCUGAAUUCUGCAGUGCGUCGUAGCUGUGAUGUGGUGUGAUGAGUGUCUGUCGUCCCUGUUCCUGAAUUCUGCUGUGCGUCGUAGCUGUGAUGUGGUGUGAUGAGAGUCUGUCGUCCCUGUUCCUGAAUUCUGCUGUGCGUCGUAGCUGUGAUGUGGUGUGAUGAGAGUCUGUCGUCCCUGUUCCUGAAUUCUGCUGUGCGUCGUAGCUGUGAUGUGUUGUGUUGAGUGUCUGUCAUCCCUGUUCCUGAAUUCUGCUGUGCGUCGUUGCUGUGAUGUGGUGUGUUGAGUGUCUGUCGUCCCAGUUCCUGAAUUCUGCUGUGCGUCGUAGCUGUGAUGUGGUGUGAUGAGAGUCUGUCGUCCCGGUUCCUGAAUUCUGCUGUGCGUCGUAGCUGUGAUGUGUUGUGUUGAGUGUCUGUCAUCCCUGUUCCUGAAUUCUGCUGUGCGUCGUUGCUGUGAUGUGGUGUGUUGAGUGUCUGUCGUCCCAGUUCCUGAAUUCUGCUGUGCGUCGUAGCUGUGAUGUGGUGUGAUGAGAGUCUGUCGUCCCGGUUCCUGAAUUCUGCUGUGCGUCGUAGCUGUGAUGUGGUGUGAUGAGAGUCUGUCGUCCCGGUUCCUGAAUUCUGCUGUGCGUCGUAGCUGUGAUGUGGUGUGUUAACUGUCUGUCUUCCCUGUUCCUGAAUUCUGCUGUGUGUUGUGGUUGUGAUGUGGUGUGCCUUUCAUUCAUCCGAUCAGGGGUGGGUGGGUUGUUACUCUAUUGUCUAGAUGAGUGACCCUGGUAAAAUCAUGAAAAGGGACAGUAAUAUUUGUCAUUAAAGAGAAACUUUCUUGUAUUCUGUCUUAAUGUUUAAUCUCACCA